AUGAAAUUAUUUGGUUUGAUAUUCAUUUUAUGUGUUUUGAAUUUGACAAACGCCGAAAUUCACACGUGGUACUUCAAGACUGGGUGGGUCAAAGCUAAUCCUGAUGGAGUUUAUGAACGUAAUGUGAUUGGUUUCAAUGAUACAUGGCCGUUGCCUACCUUGAGAGUUAGGAAGGGAGACAUGGUUAAUCUAUACUUGACAAAUGGUUUUGACGAUAGAAAUACGUCAAUUCACUUCCACGGGUUAUUCCAGAAUGGCAGUUCACAAAUGGACGGGGUCGAAAUGGUGACCCAAUGUCCUAUUCCACCGGGAGAAACGAUGUUGUAUAAUUUCACGGUUUCAGACCAAACGGGUACAUAUUGGUACCAUUCACAUACUUCGGGGCAACGCAUUGAUGGGAUGAGAGGAGCGUUUAUAAUUGAAGAUCACGAUUGUCGUUAUGAGUAUGACGAAGAAGUGGUAUUAACAUUGUCUGACUGGUAUCAUAAGAACACCACUGAAUUGUUGUCUAGUUAUUUGAACCCAUCCAAUUCCAUGGGAGCAGAACCAAUUCCUCAGAACCUUUUGUUUAAUGAUACUAGGAAUAACACCUGGCACGUAGAGCCAAACAAAACAUACCUUGUACGUAUCAUCAAUCUCGGUGGUUUUGUUUCGCAAUACCUUUACAUGGAAGAUCACGAGUUCGACGUAGUCGAAAUUGAUGGUGUUGGGGUUGAAAAGAACACAACUGAUAUGUUGUAUAUUACGGUUGGGCAACGUUACGGGGUUUUGAUUAAAACAAAAGAUAAUGCGGAUAAGAAUUUCGCAUUUAUGAGUAAAUUGGAUGAUAGCAUGUUAAUGGGUACAAUUCCGAAAGAUCUAGAGUUGAAUUCUACUAAUUACAUUAUCUAUGAUGACGAUAAAAUGAAACCCGAGCAAUAUAUUGUUAAUGAACUGAACUUUCUCAACGAUUUCUAUUUGAAGCCUUUAAGUAAAACAAAACUAUUUGAUUGUGUUGAUCAAACUAUUACGCUUGAUGUAACUAUGGGCCUUUUAAGUAAUGGGAUCAAUUAUGCUUUCUUCAAUAAUAUCACCUAUAUUCAACCGAAAGUUCCUACCUUAGUUACAGCAUUAUCUGCUGGUGAGCUCGCAUCUAAUAGUUUGGUGUACGGAACGAACACGAACACUUUCGUUUUGCGAAAAAACGAUGUUAUAGAUAUUGUGGUAAAUAAUUAUGACGAGAUGAGUCAUCCUUUCCAUUUGCAUGGUCACAACUUCCAAUUGGUUGCAAGAGACAAAAUACCUGCUGAUGAAAGUACGGUUCCAAAUGACCAUCCUGGGUUUCCAGAAUAUCCUAUGAUGAGAGAUACUGUUAAUGUUGAACCUAGUUCAUACAUCGUUAUUAGGUUUAUUGCAGAUAACCCAGGAGUUUGGUUUUUCCAUUGUCAUGUUGACUGGCAUUUGGAACAAGGUUUGGCCAUGACUUUUGUCGAGGCGCCAGAAGAAUUGCAGAAGAAUCCAUCUCAAGCAUUAACCGAGAACAACAAAGAUAUUUGUGAGAAAAGCAAUGUACCAACAAAGGGCAAUGCUGCAGCGAAUUUCAAUAACUAUUUAGACCUAAAAGGUCAGAACAUUCAAUUAGCGAAAAAAGCUCCAGAAAUGUGA